UAUAUAUAGACAUAUAUAUUCGCAUUUUAUAAAAUAUAGCCUACUUUUAGGUGUUUUAUUGUGAAAGAUAUGCAGCUCCGAAAGAGCUUGCAACCACAUUUAUUUAAAUUUAUGAAUAUAAAUGCGUGAAGAAAUUGUUUGAGUUAACAAUAAUGCAAGUUAAAAUGAACAGCAACACCAAUAACAACGACAAUAACGAUUUGGCUAAUCUACCGCCCCAAAGUGAUAAAUAUGCUCAGAUUUUUUUUUUUAAAUUAAACGUUUGCGCGUUUUUGUUUCUAAUUUUGUUUCUUCUCUCUAUAUCUCUUUCUCCCUCUCUUUUAUUUACAGCUGAAACUAUAUUGUGCAUAAGUUUUUGUUAAACGAAAAAAAAUUACUAAUAAAAAUUUUGCGAUAACAGUGCAAAAGUGCUAGAAAAUACGUAAAAGUGCAAAAUUGCAAAAUUUGCAAAAAGUGCAAAAAAAAAUUGCAAAAUUUGCAAAAAGUUCAAAAUCAGCAGAAAAAGUUUACCGUUAACAAAACACGCACAUAUCAUCUACGAAACAAAUGGUCGAGUGGAAAAUGUAUUGGCUCUAGUGUUUGUGGUGCGGUGCUGAAGUGUUAUCCUUCCGGCUGCAGAAACGUUUAGACCUCCCCACACAUGCACAUGUAUGUUGUACAUUGUGUUGAAGUCAAAAACAAAACAAGAAAAAAUUAUUUAAAUAUAAAUAUAUAUAUAUAUAUAUAUAUAUAGAAAGCAGUGAAAGGAUAAUAAAGGAUAACGACUGAAUUCCGCUUAUAAGCGGCACAACAGUUACCACAAUAAUUUUGCAUUCAGUUCGUUUCUGUUAAUCCACAAACGUACACACAUAGCCAUAAACGUUUUUACUGUGCUGUAUUGUAUUGUAUCACUGUUUCGGUUCGUUUAUAUUCGUCUAUUCGUUCGCCGCCGUACAUCCUUAUUAUUUCAUAAAUACAUACAUAUGCUAUAAAAUCCAACAGACCGUGAACUCAUACAUAUAUUUAUAUAAAAGUUUAUUUCUUUUGCCGGUCCUCAACUGUUUUGCAUCCUAACUGUUUUGUAUCCUGUCGUCGUAUUCGUACUCAUCCUAUCCUCCUGUCGUCAUCGUAGUCCUUAUCGUCGUGUAACCGGCUCCACAUGCAAAAGCUCAAUUAUAUAUAUGUACGUACGUACGUGUGUAGCAAUAUUUUGUCGGUAACGCGCCUCCUGCUAUGUUAGUCCCAUACAACGCAUAGUCAGUCGUACUUUGGCAGAGGGACAGUAAACGGAAAAUACAGUUAGUUGGUUGUUGGUUGAAAUUUGUCGUAUUUGAACUGCAAUAUCGAACAAAAGGGUGGUAGAGGAAAAUUGCUGGCGCAGUGUUUCCGUUGCACAGUAGUUGGAGAAAGGAGCGACAAGCAAAGACUGCGCCAAAAAUUCAAAUACUUAUAUUUUUGAAUGUGAAAAAUCAAAAAAAAAAGGAAUAAAAAUAAAAAAAAAAAUAAAAAUUACAUAAAUAAAUUUUGAUCAUAUACCAAAAUACAUUUUUAAGUACUUGCAACAAAAUCGCCAACUCGUUGGUGUGUGUGUGUCGUGCACGUGUGGCGCGGCGUAAGGAGCAGCAGCAGUCUACGUGGUGUAAACUACUCUGCAACUACACUCAUUUAUAUAUAUAUGUACAUGCAGCAGCUGGCAAUGGCCACAACUGCGCACAUCUUCAACAGCAGCAUUUGAAAUUCUGUUCACUUCACAAAUACGUACGAGCAACUUUUUAUUUAUAUAUAAUUUUUUUUUUGUUUUUCCCGUGUUGCUACUUUUUAAGAAACGGUGAAAACAUAUUCGGUGUAAGAAGCAGCGUAACUGAAAGAACAAUGCCAGUCAAUCCAUGAAAAAGGAACUCUGCGAGUAUACGUCUGCAAUUUUGAUUUUACAAAAAUUAAUUCUUCAUUCUUCCCGGAAAUAUUUUUCACCUACACAACUAAAUUUAAUUUUAAAGUUAUAAAAUAAAAUUUUCAACUCAACAUAAAUGAAAAUAAAUUAUAUUCGCGUCUGUAAAUGAAGUAAACGAGAAAGAGCAAUAAAACUGUACGAAAGUUAUAUUACCUAAAACGAAGUUAAAAAGAAAUUAUGUGAAAUUAAGCAAACCGUCGAAUGAAGUUAAAAAGCAUCAAGAAAAAAACUUUAUUGUGAUUUCAUAAAUAUUAAUAAAAGUAACUAAACGCGAGUAGCAAAUAAAAAAGUUGGGAAAGAAUAAUAAGCGGAAAACGAAAGGAAACAAAUUGUUAUAUAAAUAAAAACAAAAUGCUAUACGAACCACAAAUCAAACGAAAGAUGUCGAUAAGUAGGUGUUGCCACAACGCCAGCGGUAGUUGGGGUGGUGGUGGCUUCACAGUCGCUGCAGCGACGCAAGUCUUCCUCGUACUGACGCUGUUCGUGGUUGGGAAUCUAAGUGCCUGGCAGGAGAAUGUGCGGCCGAAACUAUAUGUGGAAUUAGGUCCUGAAGAUGUGCUAAAAUUUCUCGGAAACGAAAGUGUCGUGGAUCAUUUUAAGCUUGUCACAAAGGAUAGCAACAGUCUGCUCGUCGGUGCCAGAAAUAUCGUUUACAAUCUGAGCAUACACGAUCUCACAGAGCAGCAGCGUUUGGUGUGGCAAUCCACAGAGGAUGACGUCAAGAUGUGCAUUAUCAAAGGCAAGGCUGAGGAAGCAUGUCAAAAUUACAUUCGGAUCAUGGUGGUGACGUCGCCGGGUCGUUUGUUCGUGUGUGGCACCAAUUCAUUUCGGCCUAUGUGUAAUACAUACAUAAUCAACGACAACAACUAUACCCAAGAGGCGAGCAAAAGCGGCCAAGCCGUGUGUCCCUACGAUCCGCAUCACAAUUCCACAUCAGUAUUUGCUGAUAACGAGCUAUACUCCGGCACUGUGGCCGAUUUCAGCGGCAGUGAUCCGAUUAUCUAUCGUGAGCCUCUACAGACGGAGCAAUACGACAGUCUAAGCCUCAAUGCGCCAAAUUUUGUCAGCUCGUUUACGCAGGGUGAUUUUGUGUAUUUUUUCUUUAGAGAAACGGCUGUGGAGUAUAUAAAUUGCGGAAAAGCAAUUUACUCACGCGUGGCGCGUGUCUGUAAAUGGGACAAGGGCGGACCGCAUCGUUUUCGUAAUCGUUGGACGUCAUUCCUGAAAUCGCGACUCAACUGCUCAAUACCGGGCGAAUAUCCAUUCUAUUUCAAUGAAAUACAAUCGGCUAGCAAUCUCGUCGAAGGACAUUAUGGCCAAACAAGCGCUAAAUUGAUUUAUGGCGUAUUUAAUACGCCAACAAAUUCAAUUCCCGGCUCGGCAGUUUGUGCAUUUUCAUUGCAGAAAAUUGCCGACACAUUCGAGGGCAACUUUAAGGAGCAGAGCAGCAUCAACUCAAAUUGGUUGCCAGUCAAUAAUGCCAAGGUACCCGAACCGCGGCCGGGCUCAUGCCACAACGACUCACGUACACUGCCGGAGCCAACGUUGAAUUUCAUCAAAACACAUUCGCUAAUGGAUGAGAAUGUACCGGCAUUUUUCGGUCAGCCAAUUUUGGUUAGGACGAGUACAAUUUAUCGCUUCACACAAAUUGCUGUGGAUGCACAGAUAAAAACGCCCGGCGGCAAGACUUAUGAUGUGAUAUUCAUUGGAACGGAUCAUGGCAAGAUUAUUAAAUCUGUAAAUGCUGAAUCUGCCGAUUCCGAAGCGAAGGUAUCCUCAGUGGUGAUUGAGGAGAUUGAUGUACUGCCAAAGAGUGAGCCAAUCAGAAAUUUGGAAAUUGUGCGCACAAUGCAAUAUGAUCAACCAAAGGAUGGCAGCUAUGAUGACGGAAAAUUAAUCAUUGUCACCGAUAGCCAAGUGAUUGCAAUACAAUUGCAUCGCUGUCAUGAUGACAAAAUCACCAGUUGUAGUGAAUGUGUAGCGCUGCAGGAUCCGUACUGCGCUUGGGAUAAAAUUGCUGGCAAAUGUCGUUCGCACGGUGCGCCACGUUGGUUGGAAGAAAAUUAUUUCUAUCAGAAUGUUGCAACUGGGCAACAUGCGGCAUGCCCAUCAGGUAAAAUCAAUUCGAAAGAUGCGAAUGUUGGCGAACAAAAAGGCUAUCGCGAUGAUAUGGAUUUACUGGAUUCACGGCGUCAGGGCAAGGACCAGGAGAUCAUCAAUAUUAUGGGUGAUAAAAAUUUCGAAGGUCCACAAAUUUCAGCAGAUAUUAUCAAUGCGCAGUAUACCGUCGAAACGCUCGUUAUGGCCGUCUUAGCUGGUUCAAUUUUCUCCCUUCUAGUGGGCUUCUUUACAGGCUACUUCUGUGGCCGACGUUGUCAUAAGGACGAAGAUGAUAAUCUACCAUAUCCCGAUACGGAGUAUGAGUACUUUGAGCAGCGUCAAAAUGUUAAUCGCAUACCAUUUUCUCCUCCCAGCAUACAAGCGGAGCCCAAACUGCUACCUCAAGUGGAGGAGGUGACGUACGCUGAACCGGUAUUAUUGCCACAGCCACCACCACAAAAUAAAAUGCAACAUUCACCAAAGAGUACACUACGCAAACCCAUGCAUCAUCAUGGUCCCAAUUCAGAGACGCUCUUCCAAUUCCAGCCCGAUGGCUAUAAUACUCAACAGACAUAUCGCGGUCGUGAUAAUUUCGGUACACUGCGAUCGCAUCAGGUGAUGGGUGAUAAUUAUCGUCGUGGCGAUGGCUUUUCGACAACUCGCAGCGUUAAGAAGGCUGUAAACACAAAUACACGUAACAGAAGUCUUGGUCGUUUGAGAAGGCAGCCGCCCCGUCAUGGUAUUGUAACUCAGCACCGUUCGAAUAGUCCAGCACAACACUCCAGUUCCGGUUCAUCGCCGGUGAUGUCAAAUAGUAGUUCUAGUCCAGCGCCUCCUUCCAGCAGUCCUAGUCCGCAGGAGAGCCCCAAGAAUUGUAGUUACAUUUAUCGUGAUUGAUUGAUAUGUAACACCAAAUCGAUGCCAUUAAUCAAAUCAACAACAACAGCAGCAGCAACAACAACUUCAACUACAGCAACAGCAAUAGCAGGAGCAGCAACAGCUAACAAUGGAGCAACACAAGUGUCAACAGCGACGGCAGCAGCAAUGACAGCCGCAACAACAGCCACGCGCACCACUUCCGGCAAAGUGCGCACUACACUCACUAAAUCCGUACCAGCCACACCAGUACAACCGAAAUCACCAACCACACACUUCAUAUCAACAUCGCCCGAAUGCGGCGGCGGUGGUGGCUUAACAACCCCAGCAGCGGCGGCAACUGGUGAGGAGGAUGACAAUGACGAGCAGGAGGAGCAUUAUAAUAACUGCAGUGAAUAUCUACCACAUUCAUAUCCCAACUUCACAUUCGAUCUCUCCGAUGACGACUCCAAUGAGUUCGACGAGGAGCUGGAAUUGGACGACUCUUCGCUGGCGAUGAUAACACCACCACCGCCAUACGUCGAUACACCGCUGCAAUUUGUGCGCACACAUGGACCGCCGCUACCGCCAUACGCACAACGCACGCGACGCGCCGCAACAGCACCACCACCGCCCACACGUAAGAAACUCUUUCAAAAUCGCGAAAUAUUCAAUAUCAACACACCAACAACGACGCAUACGCCCAGCAGCAGCAGCUUCGCAAGCGCCAUUACGCCGACAAAGUUAAGCGCAGCCGCAGCGGCCAUGUUUGCCGCACCACAAAUGGCACAGCUCAAUAAGAAAUGGACGCAACUGCAUCGGAAGCGACGGCGACGGAAUAGUAGCUCUGGCGACUCGAAAGAGUUGGAUAAAUUGGUGUUGCAAUCGGUUGAUUGGGAUGAGAAUGAUAUCUACUGAGUGAGAGGAAUGGUGUGAAAUUAUUGAAAUUCAAAGUGAAUAAAGGCUGCUGCGAGAAGAGGCUGCUUCGGGCGAGCUGUGGCCGCUUGCUAGCUGGCUUGGAAAAUUAGUGAAGCGGAAAAACAAUUUUCAUAUACAUAUACGAGUAUACACUUUGCGUUUCUUGGCUUAAACGUAGGCAUAGUUUUUCCAUUCGAAAUACAUAUACAAAUGCAUACACAUAUAAUAUUAGUAAUAUACAUAAUACAUACUCUAGCUAUAUACUCGAUAAUUUAAAUGCAUACAUACAUAUAGUAAAAACAGCAACAAAGUAAAUAGUAGUAAUAAUAAGCGCGUGCGUUUAGGUAAGAGGAGGCAGAAGAAAAAGAGCGCUGGAAAAUUCUGCAAAAGUUAAUCAUUUAGAUAUCGUAGCUGCAUUAGACUUUGUAUUAAGAAAGGGGUAAAACCAUUUUUGAAGAUAUUUAACGAAUGAAAGAUUAGUGAAGGAAAGAAAAAGACAAAUCGAACCUUUCUUUUAGUGCGCACAUACAUACAAACAGUACAUAUGUAUUUAUUUUAAUUACGUAAUUUUACACAUUCACACUGAAAGGACACCUACACAGUCGAUCUACCAAAGUAUGCGGUGUUCCAGUUUCAUAAGUAAUAUUUAAAAAAAUAUAUUUUUUAAUUUUUAAAAUAUAU